AUGGCGGAAAAUAAUGCUGAACCAACAAUCCGGGAUUUAAUGACACUCAUGAAAAAUGUAAGUGAUCGCCUUGAAUCUGUAGAAAAGAAAAUGGGCGGCAUAGACUCUAUCGAGAAGAAAAUGUGUAACAUGAAGAAAGAUCUGAAUAAACUUUGGGUUGCCCUAGAAGAUCGAGUAAGGAAGGUAGAUGAGCGCGUUACACGUAUUGAGGACAAGGUGGACGGGGCGGACUUUUACGCGGCGCAGCUGUCGGAGUGGGUACAGGAGCUGGAGAAACAGAGGGAUACCCUGCGUGACAACGUAACAUACCUCCAGUCGCAGUCAAUGCGCAAUAAUCUAAUAUUCACGGGGGUAUCGGAGGACAAUUCGAAUGGAAGUGAGCCACCGGAAACAACAGAGAAGAGGCUUCGCCAGCACCUCCAUGACGCAUGUAAGAUAGCUCGUGACGUUGCGGACUCCAUAAAGUUCGAAAGGGUGCACCGUUCACCGGGUUCACAAAUUUCUGGCAAGGUCAGAAAUAUAGUGGCGAAAUUUACAUAUUUCAAGGACAGAGAGAGCAUUCGAAAGUGCUGGAAAGAGUUAGAUGGGACUGUGCACCGUGUGUUCGAACAAUUUCCACAGGACGUAAUCGAAAAACGGCGUAAAUUAGUGCCUAAGAUGAAGGAGGCAAGGCGACAGGGUAAGCGUGCGUACCUGGUAUUUGAUACGCUUUACAUCGAUGGAAACGCGGUGCGAGCGUAG